AUGGAUACAACAUUUGAUAAUCUAGUGACUACUGAUGCUCAAUCAGGUCUUAUUGUAACUCGUGGUAUUCCUCUUUCUUCAUUCAUAUCCGAAGAUGUUAUUAAUACAUCUAAUGAAGAAUUUAUUCUUGAUCUUAGUCAACGAUCAACAACAGCAACAACAGAAAUAAUGAAUAAAAAUGAAUCAAAUUAUAUAAUUGAUAAUUGGAAUAAUAAAUCAACAUGUAAUUAUACAGAUUCAAUUGAUGAUGAUUUUAAUCAAAUAUUAAUUAUAAAUAAUGAUAAUAAAUUAAAUAUUGAACAAUCAUUAACUGAUCAAUUAAAACAUCAUUCAAUACAAGAAGAUUCAUUGUCAGAUAGUUCAAAUAGAAAUCAAUCAAAACUUGAUCUUUGUUAUUCGAGGAAAAAAACCAAUUCAUCAUCUAGUCGAACAAUAAUAAUUCAUGAACUCGAACCUUGUUUAAAUUCUUCUCGAUUAUGUUUAUCAAAUUUUCUUUGGUCAAAAUAUUUAUCACAAAUUGAUGAACGAUCUGUAUCCGAUGAAUUUUUUGAUCAUUAUUUAGCAUCAAUUGAAUCCGGUUUUGAAAUUGAUAUGAAACUUGAAUAUUGUUAUGAUAUACAACGUGAUUUAUAUUGGUUAACACAAAUACAAUUAAUAUCACAUAGUUUAAUUCUUUUACAUUAUGUUGGUUUACCUGAUGAUGAUACAUCAAAUGAUUUUUGGGCUUAUAUUUAUGGACAACGUUGUCAUCCUAUUGGAUGGUGUAAAGAAAAUAGUAAAUUAAUGUUACCACCACCAAUUGUUACUAAACGAGCUAUUCAACAAAUAACAUUACAUAAUAAUCAUACUACAUCAAAUGGAAAUGAUAAACAAUCAAAUAUGAUUAAAGGAGAUACUAAUAAUAUUACCCAAACACCACCUGCAUAUUUAUUUGAUAAGGAAAUCGGUUUAAAUGCUUGUGAACAAUUAAAAAAAGGUAUGUUACUUGAAUUACAAGAUAUAAAUUGUCCAUGGAAUGUAUGGUUUGCUCGAAUAAUCAAUAAUCGUGGUGGACGAUUACAUCUGCGAUAUGUUAUUAAUAUAACUGAUGAUGAUGAUGAAGAAGAAGAAGAAGAAGAAGAAGAAGAUUCUAGUUUAUCUUCUUCAGAUAUUCAUAUAUUUUAUCUUGAUCGUCGUGUUCAUUUUAUUGGUUGGACAACAAAUAAUUCUUCAAUUUAUAUUUAUGAUAUUCCAACAUGUUUAACAUUAAAAAUUGCUAAAGAAAAAUUAAUUGAUAUAUGUUUAAAUAAAUCAAAAAAACAAUUUCUUCCACCAAAUUUAUUUAAACAACAAGAAGAAAUAGUUAAACAUCGUUUUACGGAAGGAAUGAAAUUAGAAGUAUUUGAAUCAAAUAAACAAAAUGUUUAUAUUGGUAGAAUUGGUCAUAUUCAUAAUGAAUAUUAUUUUGAUGUUAUUAUUGAUAAUGAAGAUGAUAAUGAAUUAUCAUUUAUAGGAUAUUCAACUGAUCCACAUAUAUUACCAGCACAUUGGGCUGCUGAACAUAAACUUGCAUUAAUCAAUGGUAAAGAUAUUAGACAAACAGAAGAUUAUUGGAAUUUAUAUACAGAAAAAAAUGGUAUUAAUAAUUUAGCACCUGAAAGAUGUUUUAAUUUAAUAACUUUAAAUGCUGCUGGAAAUAAUCGUGUUGAACCUGGAAUGAAAAUGGAAAUGAUUUAUAUAUUAAAUAAUAAAGAUUAUGUUUUUUCUGUAACACUUAUACAUGUUACUGAUCAUCUUAUGUGGUUAAGAGUUGAUGAUACAAGUUUAUUUAAUGAUGAUAAAUUAUUAUAUCAUGUUUUACCAAUUAAUUCAUUAGAUGUUUUUCCUGUUGGAUGGGCAAAAUUUAAUGGAUUUGAUUUAAUAACACCUAUUCAAUAUAAAAUUAAUAUUAAAACAUAUGAACAAAAUCGAUAUGAUUUAUUUUCGUCAGUAACACAUUAUCCAAAAAUUCCUCGUGUAUAUUUAAAUGAAUUAUAUUUAUUAACAAUAUAUGUGAAUAUUGGAUGUUUUUGUGGACCACAUUUUUGUUCAUCUCGUCUUGCUCGUAUUCCAUCAAAAUUUGGUCCAGGUCCAUAUCGUCAUGUUCUUAUUGAUAUGUUUCAUCAUCUUUUAUCAGCAUUAUCAACAAAUGCUCAUCGUUCAUUACGUCGAUUAGAUCAUCAAAUUAAUUCUGAAACAACAUCAAAUCUUAAAACUGAAUUAAUUAAAGCAGCUAAAAGAUCUUCGAAAUUAAUACGUCCUAUAUCAAUACCAAAUGAACCUCAUUUAGUAUAUCAUUAUCUUCGUCAUAUAUGUACACAAUUAGAAGCUUGUCCAAAUUUAAUUAGUUUAAUACGUAUUGACAAUCAUUGUCCAAAUAAAUGUCAUAUAUUAACGAAUACUUUUGCGUUUUCUACACAUUCAAAACAUAAACGUCCUCAACUUCGUGCUGCACAAAAUCGAUAUCGUAAACAAAAAUCUUUAUUAUGUCAUUUAAAAAAUACCCCAGUACCUUCAAAUGUGCCAAGUCCUGUUGUGGAAGAAUUACCAACAACAGAAAUUCAACCAGCUAUAGUUAAUACAACUGAUAUAUCACCAACAGUAGCAAUUCCAUUACCUGGAUGUGAUAGACAAACACGUGGUUUUCGUUUUCAUAUUGAACGUAAAACACAUACUAUAACAAGAACAAAUAAAAAACAAAAAUUAAUCAAUACAGAUGAUAUAUCAAAUAUAAAUAUUAAACAAGAACCUAUAGAAAUAAAUAAUAUUACAUCCGAAGUAUCAUCAUCAUCAUCUUCAACAACAACAACAACAACAACAACAAAUCAUUCAAUAAAAGGUUUUAAAGAAAAAAAUAAUUUUCUUGUAUAUUUAAAAACAAAAAAGAAAAAAAUUUCUUUAGAAUCUAAACGUUCAUGUAUAUCAAAGAAAAAACGUUGUGCAUCACCUUCAAUUGUAUAUCGAUCAUCAUCACCUAUUACAUUAAAUAUAUUAUCUUCGAAUUCAAAUCCUGCAUCACCAUCAAAUAGAAAUAAAAAAAAACGAACAACUCUUUCAUCAUCUCAAUCAUUAAAUGAUCUUAAUAAUUGUUCAAAUAUUCUUAAACAAACUAUUGAAAGUCAAAAUUCACCACCAUUUAUUCGACCAAUUCAACAAUAUACAAUUCCACCACCAAUUGAUCCACGAAAUCCAGUUACAUGGAAUGUUAAUGAUGUUUGUUGGUAUUUAAAUGAAUCUGGAUGCUCAUUUGCAUUAAAAACAAUUAAAGAACAAGAAAUUGAUGGUGCUGCUCUUCUUCUACUUGAUGAUUUAAAUACAGUUCAAGAUUUAUUAGAAUUUAAAUUAGGUCCAGCUGUUAAAUUUUGUCAUGUCGUUGAACAACUUCGUACACAAGUUAUUGAUACAUUUCAUUCAUCACCAUCAUUAAAACCUCAUCACAUGUCUGCUAAAUCUUCAAAUUCACAAGGAAAAAUGAGUUCACGUGGUGCAGCAUUUGAACGUGCAAAUGUUGUACGUGAUCCAGCUACAGGUGAAACAUUUAUACCUGGUUCACAACGACCUGAUGGUACAUGGAGAAAACCAAUACGCGUACGUGCAGAUUAUAUUCCACAAGAUGAAAUGCCUGUGUAUCAAUCUAUGGGACAACAAACACAAGUUGAAACACAAAAACGUAUUGAAAAUGGAAAUCUUAUACCUGGUUUAGUUUUAACUGAAGAAGAAAAAGUUUUACGUGCUAAAAAAUUAGAAAAAGAAGAAAAACAAUUAAGAAAUCAAAUGACUAAAUUAACAACACAAACACCAGAAGAUAAUAAAAAUAAAGAAAUUAAAAAACUUCAAAAAUUAUUAAAAGAAAUUAACGUUUUAGAAAAACGUUAUGAACAAGAUCAAACAAGUUUAGAUAAAGAUCAAAUUACUAAAAUGAAAAGAAAAGAUGAACUUGAAAAAAGACUCGAAGAAUUAGAUGAUCAAAAUUUAGAAUAA